AUGCCUCCCCCAAAGCGCUCCCACUGCCCCUUCUCCAGCUCCACCUGGGAGAAACCCCCCAAGAUGGCCUGCACCCGCGACCAAGACCCCUCCUGGACCAAGCAAGCGCUCGAGACCAUUAGCGUCAAAAAGCAGCCCAAGAUGAACAAGUUGCUCGACAUGAAGAAGCGGAUCGAACAAGCGGAGAAGGAGCUGGCGAUGCUGAACGACAAGAGCGAUCAGAACUUCCGAUCCGCGUGUCUAUGA